CCCCACCCCCGCACUAUAGCCCCACCCCUUCCUAUAUAAGCACCGCCGCCACCACGUGACCCAUCAACAUCCGUUGAGGCCUUGCGCGGCAAGGCUCGGGCUAGGCGAGUCCGUCUUCCCCGCGCACGACUUUCAGCGAUGGCUCCGUCUCCCACCAAGAGUAAGGAGCGGCCGUCCGAUCGGCCCGGAGAGAAGUCACGUGACCGGGGGGCUGCCACGGAGAGGGGGGGGGCGGGGGGGGGUGGUGGUGGGGGUGGUGGGGGCCAUCAGAGGGGGGGGAGGGAGAGGGGGGGCCGGGACAAGGACAAAAGAAGGUCGCAGAGCAGCGAGAGUAGCAGCAGCCGUUCGGGCUCCAGCUCCAGCUCCGGCUCCAGCUCCGGCUCCGGCUCAGGCUCCUCCACGUCACGCUCCUCCUCCUCCUCCUCCUCCACGUCGCGCUCCUCCUCCUCCUCAUCCUCCUCCUCCGGGGGGAGGGCGAGGGGGAGGGGCGGGCACGGGGAGAAGAGGGGCCGCUCCAAGUCCGCUUCUCCGAAGAAGGGCGCCAAGGAGAAGGGAGGAGGGGGAGGGGAGAGGGUGCGGGAGAGGGACAGGGAGCGUGAGAGGGAGCGCGAGCGGGAGCGCGAGAGGGAGCGGGAGCGACGCAAGCGUAGUCCAACACCGAAGCCGACCAAGGUCCACGUGGGCCGGCUGACUCGCAACGUCAGCAAGGAUCACAUGGUGGAGAUCUUCUCUGCCUACGGCAAGGUGAAGAUGGUGGAGAUGCCGUCAGACCGCCUCCACCCGCACCUGGGCAAGGGCUACGCCUACGUGGAGUUUGGUGAGGCGCUGGAGGCUGAGAAAGCCAUCCGCCAUAUGGACGGAGGUCAGAUCGAUGGUCAGGAGGUGACGGCCACGGCCGUGCUGGCCCCCCGCCCACGGCCCCCCCCCCGGCGUCCCAGCCCCCCCCCUCCUCCGCCGCGUCGCCCCCCCCCCAUGCUGCCCCCCCUCGCGUGGAGACGCUCGCCGCCGGCAGCCAGGCCUCGACGCAGGUCCCGCUCCCCACGUCGCCGCUCCCCACCUCCGCGUCGCCGCUCUCGCUCACCAGCACGGCGGAGACACUCCUCAAGCUCCUCACGAUAGUCACCCACACGCACACACACACACACGUAUACAGACACAGGUAAACAACACAGACUCUCACACACACACAGGUACACGUACACACGCGUACACGUACACACAGACACUCCUCCAGCUCCUCACG